CCUGCUUCCCGGCUGGUCCUUCACUCCCCUGGCUGUUGCUGCAGAAAUCAGGCGCGCAGGCGGCUGGCGUCCCCCAACCCAGAGCUGGAAACUGCCUGCAGAGAGCGCAUUGGAUGCCUGCUCUUCUCGGUUCUGACUCACUCCCUCCGGGUGCAGAGCUCCGUCCCCAGCGCAGUGCUCUGGCCACAGCCAGUCGCCAGGCUGCAGCCCUGCAAUCUGUUGAUAACUCCACUCAUAAGCUCCAAUCUAAUGCCUUUCGUCAUAGAAAGCUGUUCCCUAGCACGAGGGACAUGCCACAUCUUGCCUGUGAGAAGCGGGAGACCUGUGCCUCUUCAGCUGCCUUUACCAAAAUAGGUGGGUCAGCCUGCAGAUCCCCGUCACUCUGAGGUAACCUUCCUAGGAGCUCGACCGUGACUGUUUGGGACUUGACCUUCCAGAUGGCCAUGGAGACUAGAGGGGAGAAGGGCGCAACAUAGUGGUCGGUGCCAGCAACCCCAUCCGUGCGCUUGCCUCCCUUACUCUGCAGGGCUCAUGGUCUAAAUGGCUAGAAACGUCAAAGAGCUACCGUUCUGUCAGACAGAGAGCCUUUCCGAUCUCAACAUUCCCCUGAACUAUCCACACUAAGAAAGCAACUGCCAGCCUAGAAGGAAACCUCCAUAAUACUCUUCAAAAUGUCUUUCUUCAAAUCUCUCCAUCAUUUCACCGUCCCAUGUAUCCCUCUAAAAAGAAAAUCACAGCAAACUAUAUUCAUGUAACAUCCACUGGCAAUCUGAGAGAAUGAGUGACUUACCUUCUGCUUGUCCCAUGGAAGGCUGAUCAAUCGAUAAGAUCCAGUUAUCACUGAAAAGACAGGCAAGGAAAUGCAUCAGGCUCUAUUGAAGCCAGUCUGGGUUGGCACAGAACCAGAAAAGAAAAAAUAACUGACCAGAGGGGAGCAAGAAGAGUAAGAAAGCUGCACACAGUGACUCACGCUGGUGAGUCCAGCACUUGAGAAGCUGAGGCAGCUACCGAGUGAGACCCUGCCACAGAACAAGAGAGAACGAAACCACAGAUGGAGACAAGGAAGAUUACCCAGGAAAACUAAGUCGAAAGAAGAACCGAGGCUGAGGAGAUGACUCAGUGGGAUUUGAAGACUGUCCUCUCCCUGCCCCAGUACCCAGGGGAGUUCCUGCAUCCCGUGGUGUAUGCCUGCACUGCGGUCAUGCUCCUGUGUCUCCUUGCCUCUGUCAUCACCUAUAUCCUGCAUCAGAGUGCUAUCCGGAUAAGCCGGAAAGGCCGGCACGCACUCCUCAACUUCUGCUUCCAUGCGGCUCUGACCUUCACCGUCUUUGCUGGUGGCAUCAAUCGCACCAAACACCCCAUCCUGUGCCAAGCGGUGGGCAUUGCGCUGCACUAUUCCACGCUUUCUACCAUGUUGUGGAUCGGGGUGACUGCCAGGAACAUCUACAAACAGGUGACCAAGAAGGCCCUGCCAUGCCCAGGUGCAGACCAGCCACCGUACCCUAAGCAGCCCUUGCUCAGGUUCUACCUCAUCAGCGGAGGGGUCCCUUUCAUCAUCUGUGGAGUCACAGCUGCCACAAACAUCAGAAAUUAUGGGACGGAGGAUGAGGACGUGGCAUACUGCUGGAUGGCCUGGGAACCCAGCCUAGGUGCAUUCUAUGGGCCGGCUGCCUUCAUUGCUCUGGUCACCUGUGUGUACUUCCUCUGCACCUAUGCGCAGCUGCGGCGUCACCCGGAGCGCAGGUAUGAGCUCCGAGAGCGCACAGAGGAGCAGCAGCGGCUGGCAGUGCCAGAGAGCGGCCAUCGCCAUGGAGUGCGUCCUGGCACUCCACCCACCUGUGAUGCCCUGGCUGCCUCGCAGCUGCAGAAUGAGCAUUCCUUCAAGGCCCAGCUUCGCGCCGCGGCCUUCACACUGUUCCUAUUCACAGCCACAUGGACCUUUGGGGCCCUGGCUGUGUCUCAGGGCCACUUCCUGGACAUGAUCUUCAGCUGUCUGUAUGGCGCCUUUUGCGUGACACUGGGACUCUUUGUGCUUAUCCACCACUGCGCCAAGCGAGAGGACGUGUGGCAGUGCUGGUGGUCAUGCUGCCCUUCUCGGGGAGAUACUUCCACCACCAAGCCCAGUGCCCACCCUACACUUGAUGCCAAUGGGGAUGCCCUGGGGCAUACAGCCUGCCUACAGGAUUCACCAUGCCCUGGAAAACUCAGAGGUUUUGGCCAUCCACCAGCCAGCCACUGCAAGAUGACCAACCUGCAGGCCGCCCAGGGCCAUGUCAGCUGUCUGUCACCCGCCACCCCAUGCUGCGCCAAGAUGCACUGUGAGCAGUUAAUGGAGGAGGAGGCCCACGUACACAUGGCUGAGGAGGACGCCUUCCCACACGAUCCCCACCUGCACGACCCUCACCUGCACAGGUGCCUCAAGGGCAGAACUAAGCCCCACUACUUUAGCCGGCACCAGGCAGCUGCAGCUGAGAGAGAGUAUGCCUACCACAUCCCCUCCAGCCUAGAUGGCAGUCCCCACAGCUCACGUACGGAGAGCCCCACCAGCUCUCUUGAGGGCCCAAUGGGGAUGCACACAUUGGCCUGCUGUGCCCAGGCUGACCCCUUCCCCAUGGUCAGCCAGCCUGAGGGUGGAGACACAAGCCCUGGGCUCUAUGGCUGUCCCCCACACCUGUCCCCAGGCCCCACCCACUUGGAGAUGCUACGAAGGACACAGUCUCUGCCUUUUGGGGGCCCCAGCCAGAAUGGGCUGCUCCAGGGUGAUGUUCGGGAAGGCCUGCCAUUUGGCACUGAUGGGACAGGGAACAUCCGAACAGGACCCUGGAAAAAUGAAACUACAGUGUAGCCAGGUUGGGAACACAACUCCUUCAUCAGUGCCACCAUGUGUCCUGAAGGAGCUUCAGAGCAGGGAGUGGCCCUUUGCCAUGUGGGAUUAAUGAGCUGGGAGGGUCAUCAAAUGACCAAGUGGUUCUGAAAUGGUUCACACCUCUCAACCAUGAUCUCCUUUAUUAUGAAAGAGCCCAUUGGAAGAACACUGGGCCACAUACACCUCUACUGGUCCCCAAGCUUACCUCCAUAAGCUUGUCACCUGCAUUCUGUUUAUAGUACCUUCCUUUGCUGCCGGGAGGGAAGCUGGGAGGCCACCUCAGAGACUCCAGCUGGUGUUCUUGCCUUUGGUAUAUAUUUGUUAGGUUUUACUCUAGGGACCACAGCAGUGGCCCCCCCCAGAGCUCGCUCACACUGGGCAGUUUCCUGUCCCCUGCUGUCCUUGCAUUACCUCACACCUGCAUCUUUACUGGGGGACCCACCUGGCACCUCACAACCUGCACCUGUAUGGGACAUGGCCCUGGUCUGAUAGCCUGAGGUCAUUUUGGGUGCUAAGGAUGGGCCUGGUACAGAGCCACCAGGAGAGGAAGCAACUAAUGGCUGUGGCCUUCGGGGAGCUGGCUACAGUCUCUCUGGGCCUGUACUUUUGAAAGUCAGCCACUGUCAGACUGGAUUCUGUUCCAAUGCGAGCAUGUAGUAGUCAAGUUCUCCGUCCCACGAGGAGGGGCUAAGUGGGUGUAAUGAUCAUCACAGAUGAAGGUUUCUUAUCAUGGAUGAAGGUUUCUUUUCCUCUUUGCCAUUUUCAUGAAAGUCUUGGGUACAAAGUCCCACCUCAAAGAGCAUAUUUCAACAAUGAGCCUUUUGUAAAAGCAAGUGUCUUGUCCUAGGGGAGAUCCUCACAGAAGUGAAGCCCAGAGAUGCCAACCUGUGAGACUAUCCACCUUUCCUCUCUAGCUUUCUCUUCCCAGACUGUAGUCCAUAUGCAUACAUAUAUAUGUGUACACAUACACACACACACACACACACAGGGAUACAUAUGCACACAUUUGUAUGUACACACUCGCUUAUACACAUUUACAGUUACACCAUGCACACCACAUACAUGUGCAUCCACACAGCUGCUCACCACAUACGUGCGUGUGCACAUGCCUGCACACCACCACACAUAUGCACACAUACUGCAGGGUCUACAUACAGACACACUGGUGUUCAUAUCCACCCACAAACAAGGAGUGUGUAUCAAAGUCCUGAGUGCUGGGUCUCUUUGCAGAUGUGGGUGAGUCUGUGACUUGCUUCACAGAGCAUAGCCUUCCUGAUAACCGCCUCAGAGAACAGGGCAUGGGGGGGGGGGGGCUCCUAGAGCAAUGGAGGCGCAGCCUUUGGUGGGCAGCGCCAUCUAGAGGCAGACACUCAGUAUCUGAGUAAGGAGACUGGUAGACUGAUCUGACAUUUACAAGCUCCUCUGUGCUGUCCCUUAAAGCAGCAUCCUGUACCCAUCCCUCAGGUGGGUAGCCAGGGACCACCAGGCUGUUUCAGCACUUCUUUACCUGCUUGCAUAGCUGAUGUGUGCAGAACCCACCAUGCUGUGUACGUACUGUAGAUACAGACCAUCCAGAGGAAAAUACAGUGUUUUACAUUGUUUGUCCUUGGUCAGGCUGGUCAAUAGCAUUCAUGUGUGUGUGUUUCUCAGUCUUGACAAGGAAGAACAGUAUGGGAGAGGCUUGGACCCCAUCCAGGCUGCUCCCCUGGCCUAAUCCCUCAUCUUUUCUUCCAUAGUGCCUCUGGGAGAACAGAGACACUUCUUCAUUCAACCAAAGAAAUUUGGCAUUAAAUAUUGAACCUGGCUAUGUUUCAA